AUGGCGGUAUCAUAUCAAUCGGUGAGCGCGGCCGACGACUUUGAGUCGCGGAGCCACGAGGUCCACCCCCAGGACAACGCUGGGUUCGUGUCCCGCAUCCUCUACACGUGGGCCACGCCGUUGCUCUCGCUCGGCAACGCGCGGCAGCUCUCGGCGCGCGACAUUUGGCCCCUACAGGUCGACAACCAGUGCAAGACAGUUAGCGCCACGUUCGAGCCGCACUUCCAGCGCACCCGGUCGAUUGUUCGUGCGAUCGUGGCUUCGUACGGAUGGCGGUUUCUCGUGGUUGGGUCCAUGCAAGUGCUGACCGUGGGCUGCACUUUGUACGGCCCUGUGGUGCUCAAGCGGAUCCUCACGGCACUGGAAGUGCCCGACUCGUUCAACCUGCGCGGGGUGCUCGUGUCCAUCGUGUCGCUGUUCGUCGUCAAGGUCGCGCAAGCCGUCAUCACGGCGCACGCGACGUUCCAGAACCAACUGGUCACGGUGAAAAUCACGUCCGCAUUGCAGCACUUGCUGUUUCACAAAUCGCUCGUGCUGGACGCCAAGUGCCGCCGCGAAAAGACCGCGGGGGACAUCGCCAACAUGUUUUCCACCGAUAUCCAAACGAUGAUCAACUUUUCCAUCUUUGCCAACCAACUGUGGCUCAUCCCUGUCCAAGUCGCUGUGACACUGUACAUGUUGUACGACGUCAUCGGAUGGGCGACGUUUGUCGGCACCGGCGUCAUCUUUGUGACGCUGAUCCUCAACAACUUUCUCGCCACGGCGCAGCGCAAUGCGUUCAAGGAGCUCAUGACCCGCAAGGACGCGCGCAUGAAGUCUAUCAACGAAGUGUUUGGCGCGAUGCAGAUCAUCAAGCUGAAUGCAUGGGAAGAGAAGUUCCAGGACAAAAUCAAGACCGAGCGCGACAGCGAGCUCCAGUCGCUGUGGCGAAUCUUCACCGUGUCGAGCUCUAUGACUGGGUGCUUGUACUCGGCGCCCGUGCUUGUGAGCGUCGUGUCGUUUGCCACGUACACGAUCGUGAUGCGCCAGCCAUUGAACGCGACCAAGGUGUUUACGGCGCUCACGCUGUUCAAUUUGCUCAAGUAUCCCAUGCUCACGCUUCCGUCGAUCAUUGCCAACUUGAUGCAAGCCGCGGUGGCCCUUCGCCGCAUCAUGGAUUUCCUCAACAUGGACGAAAAGAAGACGCACAUCGUGCUGACCCCUUCGUCUGCCCCCGCUGAGAUGGUCGAAGUAUACGCCAAUGGCAAUGUCGACAUUUGCGUGGACAAUUGCAGCUUUGGCUGGGACGCUGGCAAACCUCUGUUUAAGGACGUCAACUUGACCGUCAAGCGAGGCGAGUUUGUGGUUGUGCACGGGUCGGUGGGCGAAGGCAAGUCGUCGCUGUGUGCCGCCUUGUUGGGGGAAAUGGACAAAUUUGGGGACGGCACUGUGUUUGUGGGCGGCCAAGUCGCGUACUUUUCCCAACAGGCGUGGAUUCAGAACAUGACCAUCCGUGAAAACAUCCUCUUUGGCAAGCCCUACGACCGCGUCAAGUACACCAACGUGUUGGAAGUAUGUGCGCUUUCGAAAGACCUGGCGCUGUUUUCUGCCGGUGACCGGACCGAGAUUGGCCAGAAGGGGGUCAACUUGUCGGGGGGACAGAAGGCCCGCAUCAGCUUGGCCCGGGCGUGCUACAGCGACGCCGACAUUUUCAUCCUGGACUCGCCCUUGUCUGCUGUGGACGCGAUCGUGCAAAACGAGAUUUUCACCAAGUGUUUUCUCGGAUUGCUGCGCCACAAGACAGUCAUAUUGGUGACGCACUCACCGGAAAUCAUCGCGUCCAAGUGUAUCGACCGGAUUGUCGAAAUCAAGAGCGGCCACCUGAUUCAAACCACUGUCGUGGACAGCGACAAGGCCGACCAGCCUAUUCUCGUCUCCCCUCUGUCCGGCCGCCGCGGCUACCGGGAAGACGAAUCGUCGUCCCCCCUAUCCCUGGACCAACCGAGCCACCCCAAGCAGUGGGACCUCCUGCUCACCCCGUCGGUGGCCACGCCGUUCCCCCAGCAGUUUGAGGGCGUGCCCUUCACACCGUAUCCCAGCGACGUUGGCAGCUCUGGUCCGAGCUACGAGGAGCAGUCUACGGGCAAACUCGUCCAAGAAGAAGGCCGGUCGCAAGGUCGCGUCUCAUCCAAAGUAUUUGACUCGUACUUGCAAGCGAUUGGCGGGUGGAAAAUGCUGUUUGUAUGGGUUUCCUUCUUGGGGGUGUGGCAGGUGCUGUCAGUGUCUAGCGACUUUUGGCUCAGCUCGUGGAGCGCGUCGACCAAGAUCGUCACGCCCGACGAAUUCCUCGAUCAAGCAGGGUACUACUUGUGCGUGUACGCUGCCUUGUCGUUUGGGGGGAUCAUCAUGACGGUGUUACGAACGCUGUCCAUCUACUCGUCGGGCCUUCGCGCGUCCCGCCUGCUGUUUGCGAACAUGACGGCGGCUCUCAUGCGCGCACCCAUGACAUUUUUCGAUACCAACCCCCUUGGCCGCAUCCUCAACCGGUACUCGAACGACAUCAACACGGUCGACACUGCGAUACCGUUCAGCAUCAGCGCGUUCCUUGCUAUGAUCUUCAACGCCAUCUUUGCUCUUGCCACGACUUUGUUUGUGGUCAAGUCGUUCGGGCUUUUGAUUUUGCCGCUGCUGUACGUGUACAAGGUCAUCGGGUCAUUCUACGUCCAACCGGCGCGGGAAAUGGAGCGCGUAAACAAAACGACCAAGUCCCCACUCCUGAAUUUGAUCUCCGAGUCGAUUGAAGGCACGCUCGUGAUUCGCGCGUUCGGCCCCAAGCAGGUGCGCCGGUUCCAGCGCAUGCACUUUCGCAAUGUUGACACUAACAACGAAGCAUCGUUCGCGGCCCAAGUGAUUACGCAGUGGUUUUCGCUGCGCAUUCAGCUGCUCAGCGCGUGCCUCUUGCUUGUAGUGUCCGUGUCGUUGGUGCUCAUGCGAUACUAUGUGAGUCCGGGGCUCAUUGGGCUCGUGCUCAACUACUGCUUUACGAUUCUGCCCAUGUUUGAAUGGAUUGUGUCGACGUGGUCCCAGCUCGAAACGGCCAUGGUUGGCCCCGAGCGUGUCUCCGAGUACUGCAACAUUGAGCCCGAAGCCCCCCGUGUGAUUUCCGGUGCUGUAGCCAAGGACUGGCCCACGACCGGCGAAGUCGAGUUUGCCCACAUGAGUUUCCGAUACAAAGAGAACGACCCGAUGGUGCUCAAGGACGUGAGUGUGCACAUUCAAUCUGGUGAAAAGGUCGGCAUUGUGGGGCGGACGGGGGCUGGCAAGAGCAGCCUGACCAUGGCGCUGUUCCGCAUCAACGAACUGGCGGGGGGCAGCAUCAAGAUCGACGGCGUCGACAUCUCCCAUGUUGGCGUCAAGACAUUACGGAGCAGCAUUGCAAUCAUCCCCCAGGCCCCCGUGCUGUUUAAAGGCACAUUGCGCAACUACUUGGACCCGUUCGGCGAGUUUGCGGACGCCGACUUGUGGGGUUGUCUGCACAAGGUGCGACUGGCCGACCGCAUCAGCGCCGUGGACGGCAAGUUGGACAGCCCCGUGGAAGAGAACGGAGAGAACUUUAGCGUGGGCGAGCGGCAGAUGUUGUGCAUGGCGCGGGCGCUACUCCGCCAAGCGCGCAUCGUCGUGAUGGACGAAGCCACGGCGGCCAUCGACCACGAGACGGACCAGAACCUUCAGCGCGUGAUCCGCACCGAGUUUGCGACGUCGACUGUGCUCACAAUUGCCCAUCGUCUGGACACGGUGCUGGACGCCGACCGCAUUCUUGUAUUUGACCAAGGCCGACUGGCCCAAUGCGACACCCCCGCGGCGCUGAUCGGCGCAGGCGCCGGCAUCUUCUAUGAAUUGUGUCACGAGGGCGGGUACCUAGACAAGAUGGUGGUGCCCCCACAGCACUAGGCAAAGUGCAUUUAGAGGGUAAUAGGGUACAAAUAAAAGGAAGAAUAUAUGUGAGGUAAACUGUCCCA